ACUGUGCUUGCAGGAGCUUGAGGAGGGUGGAGCCGGAGGCCGGGAGGCUAGAGCCAGAGAGCACCGCGUGGGAGGACUGCACAGGGCCAGGCGCGCGUGCGGGCGGUGCAGGGAGCGGUGCUGGAGGUUGUAAGGCUGUGCAGAGAGCUCGGGCGGGUGCAUAAGGCAGAGAGGGGCAGACAGAGAGGGGCAGCACAGGGGGCAGGACGUUGCAUUGGGCGUUGCACUGGAGGUGCAGGGCUCUGGACAUUGCACUGGGGGUGCGGUGCACAGGGCGGUGCGGGGCGCAGGGCAGCUGACAGCGUCAUCAGGCGGGAGCAGCGCGCACUCCGCCUCAGCAGCCACCGCAUCGCGCUGCGCGCAGCGGGUCCCGGAGCUGCGCCUGGAGACCUGCGGCUCUGAGCCGGCUCUCCCCAGGUAUCUCCUGGUCAGUAGCUGGAGUUCUGAAGCAACAUGCCGGAACAGAGCAACGACUACCGGGUGGCGGUGUUUGGGGCAGGCGGUGUUGGCAAGAGCUCCCUCGUUUUGAGGUUUGUGAAAGGGACCUUCAGGGAGAGCUACAUCCCGACUGUGGAAGACACCUACCGGCAGGUGAUCAGCUGUGACAAGAGCAUAUGCACGCUGCAGAUCACCGACACCACCGGGAGCCACCAGUUUCCGGCCAUGCAGCGGCUGUCCAUCUCCAAAGGCCACGCCUUCAUCCUGGUCUACUCCAUCACCAGCCGGCAGUCCCUGGAGGAACUCAAGCCCAUCUAUGAGCAGAUCUGCGAGAUCAAGGGGGAUGUGGAGAGCAUCCCCAUCAUGCUGGUGGGUAACAAGUGUGAUGAGAGCCCCAACCGUGAGGUCCAGAGCAGCGAGGCAGAGGCCCUAGCCCGCACAUGGAAGUGCGCCUUCAUGGAGACGUCCGCCAAGCUCAACCACAACGUGAAGGAACUCUUUCAGGAACUCCUCAACCUGGAGAAGCGCAGGACCGUGAGCCUCCAGAUCGACGGCAAGAAGAGCAAGCAGCAGAAGAGGAAGGAGAAGCUCAAGGGCAAGUGCGUGGUCAUGUGAGAGGCCUUCGUGCAGGAGCUGCUGCUCUCGGGCCUCUCUCUUCCUCCCCUCUGUGAACCCCCACUGUCGUCAGGGCAGCAUGUCCGAUGCCCGUGUGUUAAACAUUGCAUUUGGCUGCGACACACCCUGCAAUGUCCUUCAGAGGCAUUCCACACACCCCACUAGCCCACCCCCCUCAGGAGAUGCAGAACCUGCGAUGCAUCUUAGCAUCCCAGGAAGCUGAGGCCAGUCCUGAGUGGGCUUUAGCCAUUUGAAGAUGAGGGGACUCAGAGCUGUGGACACAGGAGAACCUGAGAGUACUGUGUGAUGCAUGUGACAGCAGGUUAGACCAUGGCUACCAGUACCAUCCUGCAUCAGGCAGCUUAGUUCAGAAGUCACUAACAUCUUUGGGGGAGGAGUAGGCAGGCAGAUGAGAAACCAGUUGGACCUGUGGAUCCCAGUGGUUCCCGUGAGUGGAUUUUUAGUGGGAUUAAAGACAAAAUACCAUAACCCCCAUCUAAGCGAUACUCAUGCUAUUCCUACUGACACACACUGAGGGAUUGCCCCCCUUUUCCUCAAAGCCUUCUUUGUAAGCACCGGGUCAGCCUGUUAGGAGUAUACACUUCAUAUGUAAUGCCAAGGCCACUUGUGGCAUGAUGCUGUGUCAGCAUUUCUUCAGUUUUUGAGUCAGGACAUUGUGACAUCAUGUAAACAUUGCAAUAACCACCCUGUAUGUGUGUGUGUGUGUGUGUGUGUGUGUGUGUGUGUGUGUGUGUGUGUGUAUGUGUGUGUGUGUCCCCUAUACUUUGAGGGUUCUAGAAAUGUGAACUGACUUUCUUCUGACCUUCGAGGGUUGCCACUUCUUGCAGCCCUCUGAUUUUUAAAUAAAAGGAAAUAAAGUAGGCAUGUUUUUAGACUCCCUCUUCCCCUCCCCCAAGAUGGUUUUCCUGUCUUAAAUAACUCCACGAGUACCCAGCUGGGAACCAGCCAACCAAGAGCGUCUAAAUAACCAGAAGCACAUCCAUUUUUUUUCUAAAUGACGCGAGCAUGUAGAUGCUAUGCGUUACACCUUAAUGAAAUACUUUGAAGCAGACGUCGUUCACUGUGUUUUUAACGAUUUAUCUACAUCAGAAGUAGAUUGCUAGAAAAUACAUUUAAUUUGUAGUAAAUCUUCUCCUCGUUCCUUGCUAAAUGCUCUUAAAAGUUCCUCAGAGCAACGUGCAGCCCAGACGCAAUCCUCUCCUAAGGACUUUUGAGUGCACCCCGUAUCCUUCAGAAGGAAUCAUAGCUACUGCGUGAGGGAUCAGUGGCCACAGUGGCUGCAGAUAGGUUGGGCUAAUCUCUCUUUCCUGGGCACAGUGCCCACGGCUUAGUGUAAUUUGCCUGCCAUCCUGGAGUUCGGCUGGAUUUUGAUUCUUGGAAAUUCUUACUUCUAUAGUCAAUGAGAAGGCACAUGCUGGUCUUGGGUGCCAGCUCGACCAUUCUCUAAGCCAUCUUACCACUGACCAGUCCGCAGGUAGAGGAGGCUGUAGCACUGUGUGAGCCUAUACAGUACUCUCAUGGCCAGCAGGCAUGGCCAGUGGGCAGAGGUCCCAAUGCUGGGGUGUUUUGGUCGGCCUCUUGCUCCACCAAAGCCUCCGAAGCACACUGUGUUCAAACACUUGCUUCCUUCAGACCUCUAUAAUUCAGUCUGGCCCUCUCUGCUCUGCCAAUCAUAACUCACCCUGGUGAUGUGCUGAGGGCCAGGGAGUUCCCUCAGAAAACCGUAUGCCUCAGCAAUCUUACCAUCUCCUUAGACCUCUAGAACAAAACCCUUGGGGUUAUCUGGGCAAGCAGCCACACUGAGAAAUGAGGAAGCCCAGGAACCAAGCAAGAAGAGCCUGGAGCCCUUGUGCCCCAUCCAAACCCACUCUGAGUCUCUUCUAUCUUCCCCAUUUGUUCCCAGUGGCCAUUCUCUAUCACAGUGAGAUGGAGUUAUGGAAUUUUCUAGAAUGUCUUCAAUUUGUUGUUCCAUUUCUCCUCUCAGAGAAAACAUAUCACCUUGUCGUUUAGAUUUGGGGAACAGCGAGGGAAAGACCACUGCUCUGUGGAUGAUGUGACACAUACGUUAUCUACACAUCAUAUAGGAUAUAUAUAUAUAUAUAUAUAUAUAUUUAUGGCGAUCCCUUUACAGUAAAAUCCUGUCUGUCCUACCGACUGUCACCGUGCUUCAGACACAAGCAUUGUGCCCCAUGAUUCCCUGUUUCCAGUGACCGCACAUCAGGGUUCUUUCAGCCCUGUAUGUCAGUUUCCAUAUUCCUAAGUGUUUCAGUCUUCAUUGACACGAGGAUCUUGCUAUAGCUCCAUCCACAGUCUUUGCUCCUCUCUAUGCUGUCUGUGAGUUUAGAGGGUGGGAGGUGAAGCCUCCCUCCUUGGGCUUCAUUUUGACACUACAUUCUAUAGAUUGAGCCGAACACUGGGUAGCUAUCUUAACAUCACCUUUGGCAAACUUCCCUCUGACUCAGGGGCUGAGGACACAGUACUAUCGGGCCAGUGGCUUUCAGCUUUGCUUUGGUCCCAGCCCAAGUCAUGAAGCUGAGACUCUUGGUAAUAUCCUACAUUGCACAUGGGACUGGAAACUUCUGACCCAGCCUCAGCUCAUUAUAAAACUUGAAAACUUGCUUUGAAGAUGGCACUCUGGGGUUAAGCACGGGACUCCAUGAGCUCCCUAAUCCCCACUGGUCCCCUCUCCAUUCAGUGACAAGCCAUGGGCAGGCAUCUAAUGCAUCAAGUCCAACACAAGAGCAAUAUCCAAUUGUCCACUAGAUCUAAAAUUAUAUAUAUAUUAUGUAAUUUAUCUUCCUGCACUUUUGAAGCAUAAAGUAGUAAAUUGUACAUAUAUAUCUCUAUAUAUCAAUAUGCUAGUAUAUCGGUUUCACUCUUUGUAACAUUCUUUGUAGAAGAAGAUGUACUAAAUAUUUUAAAAUUGCGCUGUGAUAUUCCUCCCUACCCCAAGUUUGUAACGUGUCGCUCCUACUCAAGCUGUUUGGAAACACCCAAAGCCAAAGGGGCAUAUGGAACUCCUAUAGGAAGGACACCUCCUGGGAUUCAGUGGCCCACAAAGACCUUGUGUCAAUCAAGCAUCUGUGAUCAGAGUGAUCAUUGGCAUGUGAGACGCCGGCACAUGCUUCCACUGCAGCCCUUGCUGUUUCGGUUCCAUUUCUGGGUGUGUCUAACUACUCUGUGGUUACGAGGAUCACCUUGUAUAAGGUUCUAGUGGCAGCGAUGGCCCCAGUCCAUGGAACCAGUUACAAUAAAGCUCAGUUACAGCACCCUG